GUCAAAUUAAAAUCGACGGGGUUUUUGGUUACAUCAUUUAAUACGUACACCGGAAAAUAUUGUGGAAAAUCGUGUUAUUUCAGCAAAUAAUAAUCAAAUAAGUGAAAAAUUUAACUAAAAAUUGCCUUAGGUGGUCUGCCUCGCUUCCAUAGCGGUGAAUGAGCGGUAGACGCGCCUAAAAUGUCCGAAAAUAAUCAGCUGGUUUUUAAUUGAGUUUCUUCCACAAUUUCGGUUUUCCCACUAUCGCGCAGCAUCCACUUAAAUCUAGAAGAGUGAACAUUUAUAUUCUAUCGAGUUCGUUCUAUAAGCUUUGAAAAAUUGUUCGGCAUUGACAACUUUAUUAUCACAUUUUUCAUUAUUUUGCCUGACGAACGAAUAUAUAAAGAUAUUUUAUUUCGAUAUAGAUUUUCCUAGCUUUCCCUUGAUCUUUUGUUACUUAUGUGUACAUGUAAAGCUGUUUAAAAGUAGAAGGAUAUCAAAACGUGAUUGCAUUGUUUAUAUUAAGAACAUUUUAUUUUUGUAAUAAUGGCGGCCUAUUUGAAUCGCACUAUUUCGAUGGUGACUGGAAAUGGCGCCAACGCUCAUCCAAAUGCGGGCGCAACGACUUCCAACUAUAAUCCGAACGACCUGUUGGUGGAAAAUCGAACCAUGCAACACGCAAUUGAUAAAUCACCGCUGCAGGUAUUUGUGAGAGCUAAGAAAAAGAUCAAUGACAUAUAUGGCGAGAUUGAAGAGUAUGUUAUGGAAACCACACAGUUCAUUAAUGCUCUACAUGCUGAGGCAGAAAUCGUGGAUAAGGCUGAGCGAGAGUUAUUUGAAAGUUAUGUACAUAAAGUGGCGGCUAUACGUGAGGUUCUCACUAGGGAUCACAUGAAGGUUGCUUUCUUUGGGCGCACCUCCAAUGGCAAGAGUUCAGUAAUUAAUGCUAUGCUGCGAGAGAAAAUUCUCCCUAGUGGUAUUGGCCAUACAACAAACUGUUUUUGCCAAGUUGAAGGCUGUGAUGGACAGGAGGCAUAUUUGAUGAAGGAAGGUUCAGACGAAAAACUCAACGUGGUGAACAUAAAACAAUUAGCAAAUGCACUUUGUCAGGAAAAGCUAAGCGAAAGUUCAUUGGUACGAAUUUUUUGGCCUAGAGAACGUUGCAGUUUGUUGCGUGAUGAUGUUGUCUUCGUUGACUCUCCUGGAGUGGACGUGUCAGCGAAUUUAGAUGAUUGGAUCGAUAAUCAUUGCAUCAACGCCGAUGUAUUUGUGCUUGUUUUAAAUGCGGAAUCAACUAUGACUCGAGCAGAGAAACAGUUCUUUCACACAGUUUCACAGAAACUAUCUAAACCAAAUAUUUUUAUACUAAAUAAUCGUUGGGAUGCAUCGGCCAAUGAACCGGAAUUUCAGGAUUCGGUAAAGUCGCAGCAUACAGAGCGAUGUAUUGACUUUUUGACGAAAGAAUUGAAAGUUAGCAAUGAAAAAGAAGCAGCUGAACGAGUGUUCUUCGUAUCGGCACGUGAAACCUUGCAGGCUCGUCUUGAGGAGGCAAAAGGAAAUCCUCCACAUUUGGGCGCGAUAGCGGAAGGUUUCCAGGUGCGUUAUUUCGAGUUCCAGGAUUUUGAGCGGAAAUUCGAAGAAUGCAUCUCACAGAGCGCCGUGAAAACCAAGUUUGAGCAACACAGUUCGCGAGGUAAAAGUUUGUCAGCAGAUAUGUGCUCAAUGUUGGAUAACAUAUAUGAACGUACCACUAUAUUCCGAAACCUAAAAAUUGACCAAAAGACGUUACUUACGGAGCGUAUUCAAGGUACAGAGACACAAAUGAUGCAGGUGACAAGGGAUAUGAAACUGAAAAUACACAAUAUGGUGGAAGAGGUGGAACAAAAGGUAUCGAAGGCGCUUAAUGAGGAAAUCUGGCGUCUAGGUGUAUUAAUCGACGAAUUCAAUAUGCCAUUCCAUCCGGAGCCCUUAGUCUUGAACAUCUACAAAAAGGAGCUGAAUUCGCAUGUAGAAUCGGGUUUGGGAUCGAAUUUGAGAGCUAGACUUUCAAUGGCAUUAGCAAUGAAUGUAGAAUCGGCUCAAAGGGAAAUGACGGAUCGCAUGUACACUUUAGUGCCGAAUGAAAAGGUCGUCGUCCAAACGAAGAUAGCCACACGCACACAGCCUUUUGAAAUGCUAUAUUCACUAAAUUGUCAGAACUUGUGCGCUGACUUUCAGGAAGACCUGGAGUUUAAAUUCUCUUGGGGUAUAACGGCGAUGAUUCAACGUUUCACAGGCAAAGUGAAAGGUCGUAAGAAAGGAGCGCCAGCUCUAUUAAAUCGACCAAGCAGUGUUGGAAAUCUGUCACCUUCAACACCUGGCACCGAUACACCGUUAUGUCUGAUACCACGACCUGUUGGAGGCAUUACACAAGACCAGUUGUCGGUUAUUUCCCGAUUUGCAAUGGCCUCAAUAGGUUCGCAGGGUACUGUAGGUGGGCUCGUAGUCGCUGGAAUUAUGCUGAAAACAAUCGGUUGGCGUGUACUAUUGGGAGUUGGUGCUCUGUAUGGUUGUAUAUAUUUAUAUGAGCGCCUAUCAUGGACAAAUUCAGCAAAGGAGCGAACUUUCAAAUCGCAAUAUGUGCGCCACGCUACCAAAAAGUUAAAAAUGAUAGUCGAUCUCACGUCGGCAAAUUGCAGCCAUCAAGUGCAACAGGAAUUGUCAAGUACAUUUGCCCGCCUGUGUCGUUUGGUUGAUAAUGCCACAACAGACAUGAACGAAGAACUAAAAAGCCUUGAAUCACAACUGUCAGUCCUGGAGUCGAAUCAGAAGCAGCUUAAAUUGUUGCGCAACAAGGCCAACUAUAUUCAAAAUGAACUAGAUAUAUUCGAAAAUAAUUACAUUAAGAUAAACUAGUUGUAACUUACGAAAUGCAUGCGUUUAAUGUGUCGAUAUUAGUUGCGUACGCGACUUUUAGCUCAUUGAAUUUGCGUAUUAAGUGAAAUGAAACUGAAUAUUGCCAUCAAGAAUUUACAUUGAUGUAAAUGUUUGAUGUUUCAAACACUUUGACUUGCCUCAAAGUUUUGAAUAAAUAGCCUAAUUCGUAAAACUACUACACAAACGAUGCUGUUUCAAACUUUCAUUAAAAUAGUAGCUUUUUGACCUUUUGUCCUCAUUAUUCAUAUUAAAAGCUAUCUGCAACCCGAUGUAUUGAUUAUUUUGCUCAUAUUUAUGUAUUUUACUUUAACAAUUAUUGUAUUCUACUGUGGCCCGAAAGCAACAGAAUUUUGCGAUUUGGCAAUUGUGUUAUUAACGAUAUUUCUAUAAAAAUAUAUUGCUUUUGUUAAUGACAAAAUGCUAAGUCAGAAAAACUAUUUUGUUUGAAUGUAUAUAUUUAAUGAAAAUAUUUAGCUAAGUAGCUAAAAAAUCGGAUCAAAUAGUUUAAUAAAAAUUGAGCAUAAAAAUUGAAA